CACAGUGACUCCACUUACACGCUUCACUUCAAUUCAACUUCCGCUUCCAAUCCUCACAGCAAAGAGUCUUUUCUUUUUCUCUGAUUUUUCUUAUUUCGUUUUUCCACGCACACAGAGGGAGAGUGAGGGGGAGACAGAGACCAUGUCAAAACCUCAAGAAGAAAAGUACGAGGAAGAAGAAGAGUUGCAAAGCUCUGGUAAAAGGCUGAAAUGCGCCAAAUCCUUCAAAGAAAAAGGGGAGGAGGAAGAAGAAGAGGAGGAGGAGGAAGAAUUGGAAAGAGAGGUUUCAUUAAUGGAGGACACAAGAGGAGGGUUGUUUUUCUACCCAACGAAUCCCACAUCUUUUGUAGUUUCGGAUGCUUUAGAGCUUGAUUUUCCUAUCAUUUAUGUCAACAAGGUCUUCCAGAACUUCACUGGCUACCAAGCUCACGAGGUCCUCGGUCAUAACUGUCGGUUCUUACAAUACAGGGAUCCUCAUGCUCAAAGAAGGCAUCCUUUAGUAGAUCCUGAUGUUGUUUCUGAAAUCAGAAGAUGUCUUGAGGAAGGGGUGGAGUUCCAAGGUGAACUUCUAAACUUUAGGAAGGAUGGUACUCCAUUGGUGAACAGGCUCAGACUUGUACCUAUACAUGACGAUGAUGGAGCUAUCACACACAUAAUAGCUAUUCAGGUAUUUUCAGAAGCCAAAAUAGAUCUGAACCAUGUAUCAUAUCCAGUCUUCAAAGAGACUUGCAAUCAGCUGUCUGAUCAAUCAGCUAAUUAUUCUCUUCCGCGUGGACAAUCAACAUUCACUGGGCAUCCAGAAAUAUGUGGAAUACUUCAGUUGUCUGAUGAAGUAUUGGCUCAUAACAUUUUAUCACGCUUGACGCCAAGGGAUGUUGCAUCCAUUGCAUCUGUAUGCAGAAGAAUCCGGCAAUUAACAAAAAAUGAGCAUGUAAGGAAGAUGGUUUGUCAAAAUGCAUGGGGAAGAGAAGUCACUGGUGCAUUGGAGCUGAUGACUAAAAAGUUGGGCUGGGGGCGUCUGGCAAGGGAACUAACUACGCUUGAGGCUGUGCGCUGGAGGAAACUGACAGUUGGAGGAGCUGUUGAGCCUUCACGCUGCAAUUUCAGUGCAUGUGCAGUAGGAAAUAGACUUGUAUUGUUUGGAGGGGAAGGGGUAAACAUGCAGCCAAUGGAUGACACGUUUGUUCUCAAUCUGGAUGCUGCAAAUCCAGAGUGGCAGCGUAUUAGUGUGAAAUCAUCCCCACCAGGGCGCUGGGGCCACACUCUUUCUUGCCUCAAUGGUUCCUGUUUGGUGGUUUUUGGAGGAUGUGGUAGGCAAGGGUUGCUCAAUGAUGUUUUUGUCCUGGACUUGGAUGCCAAACAGCCUACUUGGAAGGAAGUUUCUGGCGGAACUCCCCCUCUACCUAGAUCAUGGCAUAGCUCUUGCACCAUAGAAGGUUCUAAGCUGGUUGUCUCAGGCGGAUGUACAGAUGCCGGGGUACUUCUCAGUGACACCUACAUGUUGGAUCUCACUACAGACAAGCCGAUGUGGAGAGAGAUCCGAACUUCUUGGGCACCUCCAUCUCGAUUAGGGCAUUCACUCUCAGUUUAUGAUCGGACAAAAAUUCUUAUGUUUGGUGGACUUGCCAACAGUGGACACUUACGACUGAGAUCAGGCGAGGCCUACACCAUUGACUUGGAGGAUGAAGAACCACAAUGGAGGCAACUGGAGUGCAGUGCAUUAACAGGCAUUGGGAGCCAGAGUUCUGAUGUCCCCCCUCCCAGACUAGAUCAUGUUGCUGUUAGCAUGCCCUGUGGAAGGAUUUUAAUCUUUGGUGGUUCUAUUGCUGGGCUGCACUCUCCUUCUCAGCUUUUCCUGUUGGAUCCUGCUGAGGAGAAACCAUCAUGGAGGAUUCUCAAUGUUCCUGGUCAACCACCAAAGUUUGCCUGGGGUCAUAGCACCUGUGUGGUUGGAGGGACCAGGGUCCUAGUAUUGGGGGGCCACACUGGGGAGGAAUGGAUACUAAACGAAUUGCAUGAGUUGUGCUUAGCAAGCAGGCAAGACUCAGAACCAUGAUUUAACAAUGAGCUGUCCAUAUUACGAUUGACACAAGUUUUGCACCAGCCACUCCAGAAAACUCUGUUUUAUGACCCAUGCCAUUUAUAAGGUUCUUCCGCUCCAUCACAUCUUUCUGCAUCACCGAAUACCUGCCCCAUGCUUUUUGCUCGUAUUUGUACUGUAAGUAUGAAGACCACAACAACUGUCUGUUUUGUGUAAACGUCCUGCACAAAUUCACGUUUUGCUUCUUGUGGUUGCAAUCAUAUAGUACUCACGUAUAAUGACUUGUGCUAGAAAUUGAAUGCUGCUGGAUGUAACGGGUUGUUAGCUGGUUUUGCAUUAUGUGCGUUUGACCAUUCCUUUUCCUUUUUUCUACUGCAUGAGAAUGCUGUUGGUUGACUGGGAA